AACUUGAAACAUCCGCCAGAACGGGUUGUCUGGCAAUGCAAUGCCAGCGUUUAUUCAAUUAUUAUUAUUUUUAAUUUUUUUUUUUUUAAAAAGGAAAGAAUUUAAGAGAGAGAAACACAUACAUUUCGUGAUUCGCAUAUACAGAGAGAGAGAGAGAGAGAGAAUCUGUGUCUUGGUAGAAUCCGCCUUUUUCCCCCGAGAUAUAUGUAUAUAUAUUUUGACAUAAUUUUCUUUGUUUAAUUUGGCCGAGUAGCGGAGGAGCUCUGAUCCUUUUCUGAUCCAAAAACCUCUCAACCUCAAACCUCUCUGUCUCUCUCUCUGUUUUCACUUGUUUUUAUUGCGUAUUUUUUAACAAAUUUGAUUUCGUUGCUGGGUUUAUGCUCAUACGUUCAAACGUUAAGUAAAUUUGUUAAGACAGGUUGAAAAAAGAAGAAAAGAGAGAGAGAGAGCGAGAGAGAGAGGGAGAUACAAAGAUUUCGGCUUUGGAUUGAGAAAAUGAAUUCAAAUUUGGCUCCCUCUUCUUCUUGUUCUCAACGCAUGACCAAGGAUAAACCCAGGAGGCUCUAUCAAGUCUGGAAGGGGAGCAACAGAUUUCUUUUUGGUGGGAGAUUGAUAUUUGGUCCUGAUGUGGCAUCAAUGUUUUUGUCUGCACUUCUUAUUGCCGGCCCAGCAGUUGCUUUUUGUAUAAAAACUUACUUCAAGCUUGUGGACAAUAACACAGAACAUCCUGAGCAUUGGUAUCCUGUGUUAAUUGUGGGCUCCAUCUUAACUAUAUUAGAUUUAGUCUUUCUCUUCUUGACCUCUAGUCGAGAUCCUGGAAUAGUCUGUAGAAAUUCACGGCCUCCCGAAUCAGAUGAAGCAUUUGAUGCUGCUACUCCUUCUAUGGAAUGGGUCAAUGGCAGAACCCCUCAUUUAAAACUACCCCGGACAAAAGAUGUUGUGGUGAAUGGCCAUACAGUGAAAGUUAAGUACUGCGAUACUUGUUUGCUUUAUCGCCCCCCUCGCUCUUCUCAUUGUUCAAUCUGCAACAACUGUGUUCAGAGAUUUGAUCAUCACUGUCCAUGGGUUGGUCAAUGCAUUGGAGUACGCAACUAUCGGUUCUUCUUCAUGUUCAUAUCAACAGCAACCAUCUUGUGCGUAUAUGUCUUUGUAUUUUCUUGGAUUCAUAUUGUCAGUAGAAAGGAGCAUGUUUUGAAAGCCAUAUCUCAAGAUAUCCUCUCUGAUUUUCUCAUAGUAUAUUGCUUCAUAGCCGUCUGGUUUGUUGGUGGCCUUACAAUUUUUCACUCCUAUCUGAUUUGCACAAACCAGACCACUUAUGAGAAUUUCCGCUACCGAUAUGAUAAGAAGGAGAAUCCAUAUAAUAGGGGAAUGAUAAGGAACAUUGUAGAAAUAUUUUUCACCAAGAUUCCACCUUCAAUGAAUAACUUCCGUUCAUUUGUGGAGGAAGAUGAACAGAUGGUGGCUGCAUCAGUAGUGCCACACCUGACAGAAGAUCUCAUUAGCUCAAAAGAGAAAAUCGACAUUGAAAUGGGAACUAAGCUUGCAGAAGAUAAUAACUAUGCCCUUCCAGAAAUUUUGCGAAAUUUGGAUUAUGAUGAUGAUUCAGAAGAUGAUUUCAAGAUGAAGGAAGGAGGCCGGCCAUCUUUUGACCAAUUCUUUCCUGAUGGGCAAGAUGUAACAGAAUCAUUGAAAAUAUCUGUUGUUGGAGAUGAAUUGAUGGAAUCCAUGCGAGGUCCAAUUAUUGGGGAUGGUGUUAAAGAAUCUGCAUUAAGCCCAAGUGAAUCUGUGGAAGGUUCUACUGCUGGUGGAGUGAGAGGUUCUACACAAAGACCUAAUACUGAAGCCGAAGUAAGAGAGUCUCCACAAAAAUCUAAUGCUGAAGCUGAACUAAGUGAUUCUGCACAAACAUCUAAUUUUAAAGUUGAAGUAGGAGAAUAUGCACAAAGCCCCAAUGUUGAAGGGAAUAGACAUGCCAUCUGGAGCUCUACUUCUGGAGAUGAGACUAAGUAGAGGGAAUCUAAUGAUGUAACCAGUUCUUCAGUAUGGAGGUUUUUAUUUGAUUAUCAACUGCGUGGGUUGGUCACUUCAAAGGGCUGUAAGUUGGCUUUUUGAAGGUUGAAUGUUAUCUGGUUCGAUAUUGCCUUUCUCCCCCCUUUUCUGGGAGGAACUAGAUUUGGAAAACUUUCAUUUGUUCGGUUCAAUUUGGAUUUCUUUUGUUGGAAGUUGUAAAUUUAUGUUGCAGAAACACACAAGGCUCUUGACAGUGGCUGUAUAGGUAAACUGGUCGAGAUAUGGGUGAUAGGAUUGUUUUACAUUUAUGAAUGAAUAGGUAUGCUUUUGAAAUGAACACAGAUAUGAAUGUCCAAAAACAGAAAUUUUUUUUUAUAAAAUUUUAAGAAAAUAUCAAAUUCAAAUUUUGCAUCA